AUGGAUAUCCAUUGGCUUUCCACCCUCUGUCGCUGGCCUAUCAGACCUUACCAAAUAGGGCAGUUUAGUGAGAUGCAAACACUGCAGAUUGAUUCUCGGGAGGAGACAGCGCUCCAUCUCCUCAAGAAAACAAAAACAUUUCUCAUGGAUGAAGUCCUUAGUGAUCCAACUGAUGAAGAAGACUCUGUUAACUCCAGUGUCACUCCUGAUACUUUUACUUCUUCCAAUCCUGGCGUGGAAACUAAUACCUCCGUGUCGGAAAAUGUUGGUGAUGACAACGCCCAUGUAUCCGAGGAAAACGACCUGAGAAUAUCGAUAAAUUCACCUCCAGAAAUCUUGAGAGGCAAAUACCACUCACUGCCUGGGAAGAAACCCAAGCCAGGACUCGAUUUCAACCUCCCUCCAAUAAGCAAAAUUGAGGAUAUUUUUGACGAUAUUUCGAUCAAUGCCGAAAGGAAUGGGUUUAGUAACUUCCUCGAUCACAUUGGCUCGCGAGAUCUUCGCGUCGCCACCAUGUGUUCUGGUACUGAAGCGCCUCUUCUCGCUCUAGAAAUGGUGAUGGCUACGUAUGUACACAAUCCUCCCUUGAAAGGAUCGUAUACUGAUUUGAUCCCCAGCGUUACUGCAUUUGGUUCACUCCGUAAAGUACCCUCGACUUUGGAUCUACUGGUUGUUGGAUUCUCUUGCGUGGAUUUUUCAAAUAUGAACCUCUACCGCAAAACUCUGGACGAAAUGGGGGAAUCAGGCCAUACAUUUUAUGGCGUGUUGCGAUACACUCAACGUUGUAGGCCACCCUUAAUGAUCCUAGAGAACGUCUGCGGAGCCCCGUGGGGCCAUAUCAAGGAUGCUUUCAAGGAAAUUGAUUACCACGCCUAUCACAUUAAAGUAGACACAAAAAACUACUACCUGCCACAAACUCGUGAGAGAGGAUAUAUGCUCUGCAUAGACCAAACCAGACUUGAAACUCCACCUCCUGCAGACUCUAAAUCAUCCGCAUUUGCGAAGAUGAUGAAAAACUUUGAACGCCCUGCGAGUUCCCCCGUCACGCAAUUCUUACUUAAAAACGAUGACCCUCGUUUGCUGGACGCCAUCGAUGAUAUAUCUUGCAACACAACCAAGGACCGCCAGGCCGUUGAUUGGACUCGGUACAAAGCACGUCACCUUCGGUAUAGAAUGAGGGAAGGACUUGGGGAUAAAAGACCUCUUACUCGUUGGCAGGACAACGGUAACUGUCAAAUGCCUGACUUCUAUUGGCGCAGAUGGAGCAAAGUGCAGACCGAACGUGUUUGGGAUACGCUUGACGUAAAUUACCUGCGGAGCAUAAUCAGAGGUUUUGAUAUCAACUUCAAAUCCCGGAUCAUCGACCUUUCUCAGGGGCUUGACAGGGAGCUGGACCAGCGUGCAUCCGGGGUUUCUGGUUGUUUGACUCCACGGGGUCAACACUUUGUCACUUCGCGGGGUGGCCCUCUCUUAGGUAUCGAGGCGUUGGCUCUGCAGGGGAUUCCUAUCGAUAGGUUACUGUUAGGCAAUGACAGUCAACGAGAUCUCAACGAUCUUGCAGGCAACGCGAUGAGCUCAACUGUUGUAGGGGUGGCGAUUAUGAGUGCUUUGAUUGUAGGAUACCAGGCUCUUGCGCCUGGCAAAACUGGCGGAAGUAACUCCAAAAACGAAGAACACUUUAUAACUCAGAUGCAAGUUGCUGACAAUGACACUGUGGAGCUGGUCCCCGCUCAUUCGGGGGACGAAAUUGUGCUAUCUACACACGAGGUUUUCGAAAUCGGAAAGCGAAGUUCGAGAAUGUGUAUUUGUGAAGGCCAAGCAUUGACGAAAAGAACCGACAUGUUGAUAUGCUUGAAAUGCGGUUUUACUGCAUGCAAAUCAUGUGGACGCAAUCCUCCACAUGUAUAUUGUCCAAUUCCCAAGGAUGAAUUGAAUGCGCGGGUGUCCCCAAUAAAUUUCGAGACCCAAUUGAAGCAAAAGCUACCGAUGAGACUUCAAGUUAACGGACUAUCCCUUGCGUUAUACCGAGAACUAAGGCAAGACGAUCUUCCGGUUGACGUUUCAUCGACGUGGGAUGAUUUUUUCAAAGUCCUUCUUCCAGCACUAGGGGAUGAGCUGCGAUUUCAAGGUGUGACCCGAAAGAGAUCCUGGACGAUAACGUAUAAAGGAUCCUUAUCCGUACUAAAAUUUGCUUGCUCUUCCACAAGGCUGCAAUGGUCCCUUUACCUUAAGCCACCAAAAGAUGAACCGAGCAAUUCUCCCCUCCGGCAAGUUUUACGUUAUCCCAUCGCUUCCAUGACCCCGUCCGGCAAGAAUAUAUUGAAUGGAAUUUGGCAUAUUACGUCCCCAAUUAGUUCAUGUUUUGAUAUUUUUGUUUCUGGGAAGGGCAAUGUACUUCCAUCUAUCGGUUCGCGAGCUGGGUUGAAGCGCUCGCACUUUGCUGAUGCUAAGGUCUGGAGUCAAAUCAAUAUAUCCGCAACUGAUGCUGCUGUUCAAAAUUUGGAGUUUGAUAUCCGCGGAGAAUACGAGCUUCUGCAAGACUGUGGUGCCGCUAGUGGAAGCUUGCAUAAGAAGAUGGUGUCUGGCUGUGGCCCUCCUGUUUACUUUUUCCUGGACCCUACAGAUAUUGGUCCUGCAGAGUUUGAUUCUUGGGUUUUUGCGCUCGGCCAUGAUCGGCUGGAUAUCGGGGAGGCGCGUAUUAUAAUAGCAGAAUUGCGCCCGAAUUGGGAUUCAUGUACCCUUUCCAAUGAGCCCGAGUCCGUUCGCUGCUGGUUCCGAAAGACCACUAUGACUGACAUGGUCACUCUUGACAUCUACUCCCCAUCUCCUUUCCACCAGACUACAACCCCCAAAAUUAUUGGUACAAGCAUCGGAUCCAAAUGUCUAAAUUCUUACGUACCGAUGCUGGUAUCCUCAAUUCCUGCAACUGGCGCAGAAUUGUCCUCGGAACCUGGUACAUGGAAGGUCUCAAAUCUGAUGGAAUCACCAGCUGUUCUAAGAAAACUUUCAUGGUUGUUACAACCGGCUAGUUCAGUGAAGCAAUUUAGCGAAUGGACUGGCAUAUGUUUGGAUAAUGAGGAAUGCGGAAAAGAGUGUGAUAUUUGCGCGCCUCGAAAACCUCGACUAAUAUGGGCUUUGGACGAAAAAGACCGCAUCUAUGGCUACGAAGACCCAGAGGAUGCUGCCGUGUAUGAGCAAAGCAUAAAGAAACGACCAGCAGCGUUUCUGGGGUUUACUAGGUUUGGUCAUGAUUCUAUUCUACAGGUAAAACUAUGUUUGAAUGUGAUAACCCUUAUUCAUCAAGCAAGGGGAAAACUGGCUAAAAAGGAGCAAGUGUCCCAAGUCUCCCUGGAAUGGCGCCUCUGCAUUGAUAAUGUCGGUUUUCUUCGCCAGCGACUACCUAUGUUAAAGGAGCAAAAUAACAAAGGCGACGUUGAAUCAACGCAACCUCCCGGAUUCAAGUUCUUUAAUCUCCGGCCCGAGCAAUUGCGAUCACUUACCUGGAUGAAAGAGCAGGAGGAUGUGGUUCAGCCUUUCCAAGAGGAGGAGGUCGUGGAGGCAAUGUUACCAGCUAUAAAUUGGAGGGCGGAAGCAAAAGCCACGGUUAAACAUUUUGUGCGCGGUGGCAUUUUGGGCGAUGACGUUGGAUAUGGGAAAACAGCGAUAACUCUUGGUUUAAUCGACUAUCAAUUCACCAAGGAUGUAAAAAAUGUGCCUCGUUUUGUGAAAGGGGCGAUUCCAAUCAAGGCUACUUUGAUCGUGGUUCCUCAUCAUUUGAUUGAUCAAUGGUCUCGAGAAAUUACCAAAUUUUUAGGCAAGAAGUACAAUGUUUUGGAGAUCAAAUCAAUUGCCUCGCUACGAUCACUAGCUAUUCUUCGACUUGAAAUAGCUGACAUUGUGUUACUUUCAACCUCCGUGAUUCGUGGAGCGAGCUACUAUGAAAGGAUGGAGCUUUUUGCAGCAACAUCUGCAGUGCCGAAAGGGGAUGGUCGGAUAUUUGAUGAAUGGCUGAGUGACGCGACGGCCGCCGUUAGGGAUCACGUCGACCUUCUUCUGACAAAAGGACCCGAAGUAGUACUCCAUAACAUGGUUCAGAAGCAAGCUGAUUUUAGGAACAGUGGAGUGUUUUCAAGAUUCCAGCCUUCUAGGCGGUUAAAGGGGCGAAAAUUCCAAGACCAUCUGUUGAAUCUCAAGGAAAAGAUGCAGAAAAUUAACAAUGAUAGCGUGGCAAUGCACGAAACAGUUAAUGACACAGAAACCAAACUCAACAUCGUUCAAUCGAAAUUGCAAAAUAAGAAGAGGAAGACAAUGGAGUACGAUAGGGGAAACGAACCCGAUAUUGCAAAUUCGGAGGCAACCAAAGCCCCUCAGGCAAAGAAAUCGAAAAGAAUGUCAACUUUUGGACCCGGUAGCGAGUUCGACAAAACGUUUCAACUUCUGAAUUGCAAUGGCGAUUGGAAAAGAAUGCGAUCCCCUCUAAUUCAUAUGUUUGAAUACAGCCGAAUCGUGAUAGACGAAUUCACGUACUCGAAAGAUCGAAACUAUUCAUCAGUGCUUGCUAUCCCCGCUCGUAGCAAGUGGAUCCUAUCUGGAACGCCUCCCCUCAAUGACUUUGCCGAUGUCAAAUCAUUCUCUCCUUUUCUAGGAAUCACGCUUGGAGUAGAUGGCGAUGAGCGCGAGAAGACAGAAAACGAAAGGUUGAGAACGAUUCAGCGGGAGCAGACAGAUGCCGAACAAUUCCAACCUUUCGUUACCCGACGUAGUACAGCAUGGCAUCGAAGACGACAUAACGUAGCCCAGAGCUUUCUUGACCAAUUUAUGCGGAAGAAUGUACCUGGCAUCGAUGAAAUACCUUGGACAGAACAUAUCUGCCCCAUUAUAAUUGCGCCACGAGAACGAGCAGCCUACCUCGAGUUGUUCAUGCAGUUAAUGUCUCAGAAUCUAAAGCUGCGUAGAAACGGAAGAGGCCUAUACGACUCUUCUGCAAUGUCUCGAAAUGAUGUUAUACUGGGAAAUAGCAGCGGACCCGAAGAAGCGCUGAUAAAAUGCUCCUCCCAUUUUGUACCCCUCGAAAGGGUAAUGGGCAAACGAUUGAUUGAUAAAACAAGGGGUAUCAAAAUGGACGAUUCUGCAAGGCCGCCCAGCGCAUGCAGCGAUGUGGAAAGUGGUGAUGGAAAGGAUUUAAAGCCACCUGUAACAGAUCUCACGUCACUCUGCUCGAGUGAGGAAAACGCAAGAGAUCGACAACUCUAUGAUCUUACAAUAGAUAUAAUUGAUAAACUCAGACAUGCUUUUUGGCUGCGAUCCAAAAUUGAAAAUACAACACAUUUCGAUACACUGAUAAAACAUUUGGAGAGAAAUGGGGCUGGUGACCUAGGGGUUACCUCAUGUUUUCGCAAAGCAAUUGCCGCUGCGCGCACAGCACAAACAUCUGAAGAUGGACAGUGCUACUAUUUAACAGCUCAAGAGAAAAAACAAAACCCAGCGGACAUUCGCCUUGAAUUUCCCAAAACGCCAUCAGAAUUUAUCAGUGACCUUAACACUUGCACUGACAGCUUGCGGAGACUUCUUGAAGAAGCCCUGGUUCGUGUAAGAGCUGCUAGGCUUUUCGUUGUCGUCCGGGCAUUCCAGGACCGACAGCCAGAAGAUGUUUUUGCUUGCUCCUCAUGUUUCCGGCGGCUCACCAACCUAACUUCACUUACCAUCCUUGGUGAAUGCGGGCAUGCUUUUUGCGAAGCCUGCAUCGAGACUGCCAGAGUUGAGGAAACGUGUCGUCUUCCUGCAUGUAGUGGUGGCGCAGAAGCUUUUCGGAUGAUCAAUUACUCUGACAUUGCGUUCAUCAACAACAGACUCACCGACAACAAUGCCAAUGGCAAAAAAUGGCAAGAGUACGGUGGGACAAAACUUCUAGAGUUGACCAGACUAGUACAAGAUACCGAGAGGAUCGCAGAAGACGAACAGGUGCUACUUUUCAUACAAUUUCCAGAUCUCAUGGAAGCCGCUUCCGCUGCGCUGCAGAAAGCGAACAUUCCUCAUCUCAUGAUCUCCGUCAACGAUCGAACGUCCUCAUCUAAGAUAGCAGAAUUCCAGACUAGGGCUGAAAAGGUUGAGAGCAAGGUUCUCAUCUUGCACCUAGGAGAUGUGUCAGCGUCUGGAUUAAACCUUCAAAACGCAAACCACGUUAUCUUUUUCCACCCCCUAUUCACGAAAUCGCAGUAUGAUUACAAUUCGGGAAUGGCACAGGCAAUUGGUCGGUCUCGACGCUACGGUCAACAAAAGCAUGUGCAUAUAUACCACUUCCUGGCGCUAAAAACGAUUGAGGUAAAUAUUUUUGAGCAGCGUCGAUGGGAGCGGUUGGUGAAAAGAGAUGGCGGAUUUCUCUCUUUGUCAAGUGAUGACGUUUUGAUGCCCACGGACGAGGUUGAAUGGAAGGGGAGUUCGUUGGAUGGUAGUAAUGCUUCUGAAGUCUGA